AUGGGUAAACUGGUUGGUAAACUCAUCGGCUCGGGUAUCGACGCCAUCAACGCAUCUCGAAAUCGCUCAUCUUACACAAGCCCCCACUCAAACACAAGACGCGAUCUUACCGCUGAUCAGAGCGGUGAAUUCGUUGCUACAGAGAAGGUAGCUGGUGCGCCCAUCUACGAAGGAUAUGCAGAGCUUCCAGCGCCCAACGCGCCCCCUAUUCACGCCCAGUAUGCAGAGCUCCCUGCCUCGAUUUCCUUUACCCACGAGCCUCCCAAGUCCGACGUCCAGCUCCAUGAGAAUUAUGCAGAGCUUCCAAGUGCUUCAUACGAGGAUAUCGAAACCAAGAGGAUCAACCUCGACCCAGUCGAUGGGCACCAUACAAAAUACUCUCCAGUGGAGAGGGACAACUGGGACGCGUAUAGCGAGUCCAAUUAUUCAACCGGCCUUAACCGCGGCAUGAAUCAAGACGAAGCGGCCUGCAAACUGGAUGAGACAACACGAUACGCGAGACCGCCCACAUACGAAGAGUCGGGAAUAUCACCCAGCAAUGUUUCAAAUGUGCCAGGAAAUAACAAUCUCGGCGAAGCUAGAGAGACAGAGCGACGGGAAAUCGAGAAUAUGGUUCGCGAUCUUCUGGAUAUGGCAGGACCACCAAAUUCAUCCACAGGUCGGAUGCCUGGCCCCGUUGUGAUUCCACAACGGAGGCCCGGGUCGAAAUUCCGUGGGUUCGUGUGUGCGUAUGCACCCGAAUUGGCGGAUUGCGGCAUAGGCCAGGACAUGUUUUUGGAAUUUCUGGAAGACAUCUACGAGUCAAGUAAAGUCUCUCGAAACCUCGAUGUUAUCGGCAUCGCAACGGAUAUCGUGACUUGGGUACCCGGAAAGACAGAUAUUAUGACAGAAACCCUCAUAAAGAUAGUGGCUGGAUCCAUUCCCAGAUCACGAUACCCUGGUCGGGAGUCAACCUUCCUCGACUCGGUCAACGACUUGAUAUUCAUGCCUCGAGGCCUCUGUGCUAUGGUGGUGGAGUUCAAGGACAAUAUUUUCGGCCAGCAAGAAGGUGUGCUCGGUCCACUUUCCCAGCGAAUGGGCAGAACAAUAUUUACUUCCGAGAAGAUUAAUUUGACCGGGUCGGCGAUGAGCCCCAAAUCAAGCACCGAGAUCUAUGACAGGAGAGCCGUCCAACAAGACACGGAUUCUAGCUCUUUCCGGUCCAGAAACAGUGGCCCUCUGCAGAUUGAGAUCCUCGAAUCUAGACCGUUGAUCUUUCCUGAUUUGCAUUGCGCGGCAGUUGGGGUCACAGAACGAACAGAACGAACAGAGAGGAUGGAGAGAUCAAGACCAGGUAGCAUGGACAGACACUCAAUGAUCAGGGCCGCAGGUGGAUGGAUUGGUGAUCAAUAUGAGAGAAGGAAGUUAGAGUCAGAAAACGUGAAUAUGUCACGAAUGUCGCACGGAAAUGGUUUAAAUGGCUUAAAAUACUUAAAUCUACAUCACGACGGCUCCGCACAUUCAGCACAUAACGGCAAGCUCAUAUCGACAAUUACCGGUGGGAGGCUAGGAAAUAAAAACAAGCAAGGACUGAUCCAUCGUGCUGCAGCUUCUAUCAUGGAAGCUCAGGGUGCCAAGCAAGCUACUCGGAGUACAGAUUCGAUUGAAUCAAACACCGGCAUAGGGAGAACGCAUCUUGGGAAUAAUACCCGGAGCCUGAGCUCCACGAAAAAGGUUCUGCAGCCGAAUAUGCAGUAUCUGGUAAUUGUGAAUAUGCCCAGUGGACAGGAAUUACAGCAAUGUGCUACCAAGCUAGAAUACAUCAUGAAGGAGAAGGGAUUGCCGAUAGCUAAUGGCUUUGAACGAUAA